ACUGACUUUCAUUAAUCAUUCACACUACUCGUAUCCUCUGUGAGAAAUGCAUGGACAAUGUCUUCAGAACUCAGAAGAUCAUCAAUGAAGAAAACUUAUUCAGCCUUUGUGCUCCUCAUCCAGACAUUACAAUGUUUGACUAUAGAUGAUACGCCAUUUCAACUAACUAAUAAGGACACUGGCUUUUGUUUGGUUAAAACAAACAACCAAUGCAGUGACUUGCGCUGGACAACCAGUGACCGACUGCUGGUUCAAAUAAGAAACAAAUGCCUGGGAGUCCAGGGGAAGAGUGUUGGAAGUGAGAUAAACCUCUACGAUUGUGACGAAGAAAGCGACCUCCAAAAAUGGGAAUGCAAGAAUGGAACAGUGCUCGCCCUGAAAGACCAAGAGCUCUACAUUGAUCUCACUCGUGAUAGUGCAGCAGUUCUCUCCAAAACAAUAGGACCCAAUAACCACCUCACAAUUUCAGGGACACCCAAUGGUGCUUGUUCGAGAACAUUCAGAGAACUCUAUGCCAUUGGUGGAAAUGCAGCUGGACUGCCGUGCAUGUUUCCCUUUCUGUACAAAGACCAGUGGUACUCAGAAUGCACUACAAUUGACUCUCCAGAAAAGAAACUUUGGUGUGCUGUUGAAACAAAAUACCAAAGUGAACGUUGGGGAUACUGCCCAGUUACUUCAAAAGAUGGCUGGACCAAACAUCCAACAACAGGAGCCUAUUACCAGCUCAACACACAAGCAGCUCUGACUUGGCCCCAGGCUUCAACCAGCUGCAAACAGCAGGGUGCCUCCCUGCUCAGUAUCAACGAUCCCCACGAACAGGCUUAUGUCACAGCAAUACUAGGCACAGCGGGCACUAAGCUUUGGAUAGGGCUGAUCGUGGAUCCAGAACAUGGCUGGAAAUGGUCUAAUGGAAGGCCUUACCGCUAUCUGAAAUGGGACUCAGGACAUCCACUUCCUGACCCAGGACACAACUGUGCAAUUGUUGAACCUGCUGCAGAGUACUCCUGGCAAAGUUCACCUUGCAGCAAGAAACUCGGGUACAUCUGUUACAGUAAAGAGGCCGAGGUACUGCCCACAAAAGCUGUUGAGACAGGAUUUUGUUCAAGACCUUGGAUUCCCUACAGUGGCCACUGCUUCUACCUUAAUCAAACCCAGAAAACAUGGUCUGAGGCUCAGAGGGAGUGUCGUAACUUUGGAGGGGACCUAGUCAGCAUCAGCAAUGUGGAGGACCAAAGCUUUGUCAUAUCUCAACUUGGAUACAAAUCCUCCGAUGAGCUCUGGAUUGGACUGAAUGACAAGAAGACAGAGGGGCUGUUUGAGUGGAUUGACCACUCUACUGUCAGCUUCACUAGCUGGCAAUUUGGGAAACCUGUUAGCUCUACUGAUGUAAAGGACUGUGUUCUCAUCAGGGGACAGAAUGGGAACUGGGAGGAUCAUUCUUGUGAGGAAAAACAUGGCUACAUUUGCAUGAAGAUGAGUGCCUCAGUACCCACAGGAGAUCAAGUGGAGAAGGACCCUGGCUGCAAAGCUUCGUGGAGAAGACAUGGCUCAUACUGCUACUUUAUAGGGAUGCAGACCAAAACUUUUGAUGAAGCCAAAGAUGACUGCACGAGCUCAAAUUCUUACUUAGCUGAUGUUUCAAAUGGGGUGGAUAAUGCGUUCCUCGUCAGCUUGGUUGGGUUGAGACCAGAGAAAUAUUUCUGGCUAGGCCUCUCGAACCAGAAAAACAUCGAUCAAUUUGUGUGGACCAACACAGACUCUGUGAAGUUUACUCACUGGAAUGCUGAAAUGCCAGGUCUCCGACAGGGCUGCAUUGCCAUGACAACUGGGAUUUUUGCUGGCCUCUGGGAUGUGCUGCCCUGCACCAAUAAGGAGAAAUACAUCUGCAAACACCUGGCAGAGGGGGCAGUUGUAACUCCUGUACCACCCACCUCUACCUCAAAUGUAUGCCCACUAUCCUGGACUCGAAUAACAUCGAGAAACUAUUGCUAUAAGCUGUUUUUGGGAUCUCCACAUUCAUCUUCAGAAGGGAAGACCUGGUAUGAGGCCAGAGAUUACUGCAGGGCCAUUGGAGGGGACCUGCUCAGCAUCCACAGUAAUGAGGAACUAAAAGAGCUACAAGAACGCUAUAGCACAGUCUGGAUUGGACUAAGUGCCCCUGACCCAGCCACCGGUUACGUAUGGAGUGAUGGAUCCCCGCUGCAGUUCCAACACUGGGAGGAUGGAGAGCCAAACAAUAAAAACAAUGUUGAAUCUUGUGCUGAAUUCAAAAUGCACAGGCGGGACUCACGUGGGUCUUGGAACGAUGUGCACUGUGAGAUGUACAAAGGAUGGCUGUGCCAGAUUCGUUUAGGAGUGAAACCAAAACCACCUCCAGCCCCCGCCACUCCUGACUACAACAACACCUCAGACGGCUGGAUAGUAUGGAAGGAUUCUCAGUAUUAUUUCAACAAUUGGGCGUUAUCCAUGGAAGAAGCUCGGCGCUCCUGCCAGCAGAGACAUGGUGACUUGGUAACCAUCAACAGUGAAGCUGAAAGUGUCUUUUUAUGGAAACGGAUAGCCAAAGGUUAUGGUGAUAGGCCUUACUGGAUAGGCCUGAACGUAGAGCUUGACAAAACAUAUGGGUGGAUGGAUGGUUCUCCAGUGGUGUUUCAAAGAUGGGAUGAAAAUCAACCCGCUUUCAAACGUAAUGAUGAGAAUUGUGCUGCCAUGACUGUAUCUACAGGCUUCUGGCAUGAUUAUAAUUGUGGGUAUGAGCACAGAUUUAUCUGUAAACGCAGUAGCACACCACAUGCCAAUGCCACUGUAGCGCCCACAGUUCCUCCCAAAGGUGGCUGUCCACAAAACUGGAAAAGAUUUAACUCAAAGUGUUACAACAUCAUUACCAGCCAGAAGGAAACGUGGCAGGGUGCGAAGACACAAUGCAAAUCUAUGGGAGGAAAUAUAGCCUCAAUUCUCUCAAGAGAUGACCAAGUGUUUUUGACUAUUAAACUGGCUGAGACACCUACCACAGACCUGUGGAUUGGUCUGUAUAGUUCACCUGGCAGUUCAUUUCUUUGGACUGAUGGGCGACCGAUGAGAUACACUAACUGGGGAAAUGACAUUUACGACAGCCAUCACCCUUAUCACCGCACCCUGUAUGAAUUGGAGAUGAAUUAUGACUUCUAUCAGCCAAUGUAUACGGAGAGACAAUGUGCUGUGAUGACUCCUAAUUCCCAAGUUGGUAUUGGAAAGUGGGUGAAAAAGUCCUGCAAUGACACCAAUGGAUACGUCUGUCUUCGAAAUCUUGACCCAUCUCUCUCAGACACCCCUGAAACAACACCUACCGACUACGUCAAGAUUUUAAAUGACUCUAUCAAGGUUGUUUCUCAGAAUAUGAGCUGGGAUGCUGCCAGAAAGCACUGUGAAAAAGAUGGUGCCAAACUGGCUAGUCUGAGAAAUGAGUGGACAAAGAUCUAUACUGAGUUUAUGGCCAGGACUUUCAAGUCUCCUCUGUGGAUUGGACUGAACAAAAAGGAGACUGGUGGAUAUUUCAGAUAUAUUGAUGGCUGGCGUUUGACCUCCACCAAUUGGGAUAGAAGGGAACCAUCCUCAUACCGAGAUUGUGUGUCUGUGAAUAAGGAUGGAAAGUGGACGACUACUGACUGCAAACGAAACAUGAGCAGCAUUUGCAUGAAGUCUACAGAUGUGCCACCAACAGAGUCAACUGAUUUCCCUGGGUUUUGCCCUGAUGAUCCAGAAACCAGCAGAUACUCAAGGAUGAGUAAAACCUGGCUGUCAUAUGGAGCUUAUUGUUACCUCUUUAUCACAGACAGGAUUGAGUGGACAGAUGCAUCUACUAACUGUGCAAGACAUGGUGGAGCUCUUGCCAGCAUUGGAAGUCCUGCUGAGCAAGAGUUCAUUCUAAGCAAUAUUAAAAUGCAACAAGACAGCCAAAAUUCUUACUGGAUCGGCUUGUAUAAAACUCACAAAGGGAUGUGGCAGUGGCUGGACAGGACCGUCAUGGACUUCAGUAAUUGGGGUCCAUAUCAGCCUGAUAGUGGCACUUUUGGAGCGAUUCGAAUUAGUGAUGGGACAUGGAUAACAGGCCAUAAGUGGUAUGACAGACCAUAUAUUUGCAAAGCACCCAAAGUAUUAUUACAAGUGGCAAAGACAACUGCAAAUCCGACUGUGAAUCCUCUAGCCCGUGGCCACAACACUUUGGCAGUUGUGCUGGUCAUUAUUGUGAUUGCCGUAGGGCUGGGCAUCGCCUUGUUUCUCUUCAAGAGGUCUGGCCGCCGCUUGCCUAUUCCUGAAAAGUUAUCUACCUUCGACAACCCACUUUUCUUCAACAAUGAGCGGUUCCACCCUAACCUGGUCGACACCAAUAAACUGGUAGCAAAUGCAGAGGAGGAGAACUCCGCACCUGUUAUAAGCAUGUGAUGUAAACACCAGCAGAAUUUACUGGGCGUACAAUGUACAACGUAUCUUGGGCAAAGGACUGAACAUUUUCUGUUUUAAAAAGAGAGACAUUACAGUGCAGUUUGACAAGAUCUGACUAUAAUGAACACGAAAAUUUAAGAUGUCGGAUGUCUUAUUUUACAUACAAAUCUCCAUUUGUAAUAAUAUGAAAUAAUGGUUAAUUGUGUAUUUUAUAGGCUAACAAAUUGCUGAUUAAAGAUCCAGUGUGUAGAUUUUAGUGGCAUUAUUAGCAGGAAAGGUAUAUAAUAAUCACAUUUGUUAUUAGUUUAGUAUCACCGAAAAAAUAAUAACAGUAAAACUUGUUGGGUUUUUUUAA